ACGAUCACUAACUUUGACCUGACUCUUUGCUUCCCAAUGCUGUGGUGAAAACUUAUAAAAAAAAUAAAUAUUCAUGUAAAAAGUGAGAAAAUGGAGAAAUCGUCAUAUGUUUCGCGUGUUAAUCAGCUAGAUGCUGAUUUACUUGAUAAAGAAGUUACAAAGAUUAUUCACGAGCAAUUGUCAAAUGUAUAUAAAGAGUUGCCACCAGGAAUUUUGAGCAAAUAUCAACCAGAAAUUGAUUGUUUAUUAAAAACAAUUAUUUGGUAUUGUUCAAUUCUUCGAAACAAGUCGACGUUUGGACAACAGAUUUUAGCAAUAACUUACCAAAAAGAUCAACUUACAAGGAAAAAAUUAUUAUUUCAUUAUAUUUCAACGAUCUUGUCGUCGUAUUUAAAGGAUGUCAGUCAUUUAAGACUCACAAAUCAUUUAGAAGUUCAAAAGAUUAUUGCCUGGAUCGAAUGUUCAACUCGAAUGCUUACAAUAAUUAAUUUCUUCCGAUUCUUAAAAAUCGGAGUUUAUCCAUCGCUUGUUGAUUAUUGCUUAGGAUGGAAACAUACUGCAAAGAGUGGAACAAGAAUGAGAAAUGUUGGUUACGAUUACAUGAAUCGUGAGCUAAUUUGGACUGGAUUUUUGGAAUUCUUAACAGUAACAUUGCCACUUGUAAACUUUCAUUCCAUGCGUCGAAAAAUCACAAACGCUUUAAAACCUUCAGUGACUCAACAACAUUCCAAAAAACAAGAACCAGCAAUGAAUAUUAACACAAAAUGUGCAAUUUGCCUCCAACGUCCAUCACUACCUCAUCAUAUAAACUGUGGACACAUCUUUUGUUAUUAUUGUUUGAAAGGCAGCGUUUUAGCUGAUCCACAAUUUCAAUGUCCCCUUUGUGAUUUUUCUUCUUCUGAAGAAGUUUUGCCUGUGAAAAUAAAAAUUUGAUUGACAUUUUUA